GAGCGGAUGCGCGUUCGGGGGGGCCCUUCCUGCGCCCCCCAUCACUGCUGUCCCCGGCCCCGACUGCGUCCUCCGAGAUAAGCCGGGACCGCCCCGGGACGUGCCGGGGCUGUGGCCACAUUUCGGGGUGGCCAUGAGGCUGCUACGGGUGCUGCUGCUCCUCGGGGGGCUGCGCCUACCCCCCAUCCUGGGGCUUCUCCAGGAACCCCCCACCGAGUACACGGGACCCCCCGGCAGCUAUUUCGGCUUCGCCCUGGAUUUCCUCAUGACAGAGGGCAGGCCCAGCGUGGCCGUGGGGGCCCCCCGUGCCAACACCUCCCAGCCCGGCGUGGCUCAGCCCGGCGCCGUCUUCCUCUGCUCCUGGCCCCCCCGACGAGACCCCCUGCCGCCCCCUCCCCAUCGACACCGCGGGGGACGAGACCGAGACCCAGGGCACCUUGGAAUUCCACACCUACAAGUCGCACCAGUGGCUGGGCGCGUCCGUCACCGGCUGGGACGGCAAACUGGUGGCCUGCGCCCCGCUGCAGCACUGGAACGCGGUGGACGGGCCGGACGAGGCGUUCCGGACCCCGACGGGCACCUGCUUCGUGGCGACCCCGGGGCUGCGGCGCGUGAGCACGACAAGCGCUACUGCGAGAUUGGCUUCAGCGCCGCCGUCACCCCG